GUAAUAACAACCCUGCAAUGUCGACAUACAAGUCGACAAACCUUUUGUAAGCAAAGUCGAUAAGCUAGUGUGAGCAAUAAAACUCUGUCUCUUCUACUGCGAACCACCGACCUACUCGGUCCUGUUUUCCUUAUCUCAUCAUCCGAGUCUCAAUCACUUUCACUUACAUUAAAGUGGCGACGACGGAGAAGUACUAGUAAAGGAAGGAUUCUUUUCUCUUGCGGCGGUGGUUUUACGCUGAUUUUCUGCACCGGCUGCUGUGGUCUUCGGUCAUUCUUGACAAGGUCAUCUGGUUUGUAGCAGAUUAACAACAUGACGCUGGUCAACCAAAUCGAACAAUUCAUUCCCGGGACCAUCCCGUUUGCGCAAUACCUCGAGCAGUUGGAGUGGGUUUUCGCUCACCACCAGGUGGAGCAGGAUGAGGAUAAGAAGAAGGCGUUUUUAGCUGCGAGUAGCAGGGAGGUAUACACCGAGCUGAAAAAGCUAUUCCCCGGGAAAGACCUCAAAAAGGAAACUUUCGUGUCGAUUACUACUGCUUUGCAAAAAAGAUACGAUAAAACCGAUAGUGACAUGAUUCAGCGAUUUAAAUUUUAUCAGCGCAAACAGCGGGAAAACGAGAGUGCUGAAGAUUUCAUUCUAAACGUGAAACAGCAGGCGGAGCUUUGUGACUUCGGGCAGUUCAAGGAUCAAGCCAUUCGGGAUCGUCUUGUUUGUGGUUUGAACGAUGAAGUUCUUAGGCAGCGGCUCUUUGACGAGGAAGAUCUUACCACCGACACCGACGUAACACUCCAUGUAAAAAAUCUGCUGAAAUGUGUCCCAGCACGACUCACCCCAGUUACUUCCUUCGAAUCACCCCUUGCCGAUAAAAAUAUAUUUCGCAACACUGCUCGACCCAUUGUUUGCAAACAAAACGUAGUUUAUGAAUGA